AUGACCCAUAUACCCAGGCUCUGUUUCAUUCUUAAUUCUUCACUGAGAUGCUUUUCUUUUCUUUCUCUUUUUUGCUUUUUCUCUUUUUUGCUUCUUUCUCUUUUUUUUUUACUUUCUCUUUUUUUACUUCCUUUUUUUUUACUUUCUCUUUUUUUUACUUUCUCUUUUUUUUUUACUUUCUCUUUUUUUUUUCUCUUUUUACUUUCUCUUUUUUUUACUUUCUCUUUUUUUUACUUUCUCUUUUUUUUUUUUUUUUUCUUUUUUUCUUUUUUUUUUUACUUUCUCUUUUUUACUUUCUCUUUUUUACUUUUUUUUUUUUACUUUUUUUUACUUUCUCUUUUUUUUUACUUUCUCUUUUUUUUUACUUUCUCUUUUUUUUUACUUUCUCUUUUUUUAUACUUUCUCUUUUUUUUUUACUUUCUCUUUUUUUUUUACUUUCUCUUUUUUUUUUACUUUCUCUUUUUUUUACUUUCUCUUUUUUUUUUUUUUAUUUUCUCUUUUUUUUUACUUUCUCUUUUUUUUAACUUUCUUUUUUUUUUUACUUUCUCUUUUUUUACUUUUCUUUUUUUACUUUCUUUUUUUUUUUUUUUAGGAUUAUUUUUCUUUUUUUUUUUUUUUUUUUUUACUUUCUCUUUUUUUUACUUUCUCUUUUUUUUUACUUUCUUUUUUUUUUUACUUUCUCUUUUUUUACUUUCUCUUUUUUUUUACUUUCUCUUUUUUUUACUUUCUCUUUUUUUUUUUUUUCUUUUUUUCUUUUUCUUUUUUUUUCUUUUUUUUUUUUUUUUUUUUUUUAUUUUUUUUUUUUUUGCUUUCUCUUUUUUUACUUUUGCACUCUUUCUUCUUUUAUCUUUCUCUUAUAUGGCACAAACUUUGACUCUAGUUUUGAACACUUGUCAAAUAGUAUCCUAUUAA